AUGCAGCCGUUCCAGACGACCGAGCGGCCGGACGGGCCCCGGGAGCCCUCCCCGGACCGCGCCAAGUCCCCGGACACGCCCACCGCCCCCGUCCUCAACUUCUCCAUAGCUCGGCUCAUGGAACCCGACAGAAAGAAGUCCGUCUCACCCGAACCUCCUCACCAUCCAGGCUUCCUUUCUUACGGAGCCCAACUCCUGGACUCAGCCUUCAAGCAGUACAUCCCAGCGGCCAGAAGACAACUAGUCUCACACUACCCUCUUCUGUAUUACGGGCCCGAUCUAGUCUCUUUAACGUAUGCCCAUCAACUACACUUACCCAGACCUCCAGCUCCGACAUCACCGGUCCAAAGGCCUCAAAGUCCUAGGGCUCCGGCGGCAGACCAUGCUGUAUCGUCCACCACAGGGCCGACUCCAUCUCCAGCGAAAAACAAGAGCUUCGCUUGUGGGGAUUGUGGCAAAGUCUUCAACGCUCAUUAUAAUUUAACGAGGCACAUGCCAGUCCAUACUGGAGCGAGACCUUUCGUCUGCAAGAUAUGUGGCAAAGGGUUCAGACAGGCAUCUACUCUGUGCAGACAUAAGAUUAUCCAUACAUCGGAGAAGCCACAUAAAUGCCUCACUUGUGGAAAAGCGUUCAACCGCUCCUCGACACUGAACACCCAUGCUCGGAUCCACGCGGGUUACAAACCCUUCGUCUGCGAAUUCUGCGGCAAGGGAUUUCACCAAAAGGGCAAUUACAAGAACCAUAGACUCACCCACAGCGGGGAGAAGGCUUAUAAAUGCAACAUUUGCAAUAAAGCCUUCCAUCAGAUCUACAAUCUGACGUUCCACAUGCACACACACAACGAGAGAAAACCGUUCACUUGUAGUAUAUGCGCGAAAGGUUUCUGCAGGAAUUUUGAUUUGAAGAAGCAUACGAGGAAGUUGCAUUUAGGCGCUGGUGGGUCCAAUAAUGGCGAUUCCUCUUUGGACACACAAGACGAGUCCACACAGGAAGCCGCUCCAAGUCCAGCAGAAGAGGUCAGUAGAGCCGCUUUCCGCCCCUUCUUGGGGUCUUCUUACCCUCGUCUUUUGGACCCGUCCCGGAUGACAGCUCCCAACACGUUCUUCUCCAAGCUGUUGUGA